AUGGGCAUUGGUGGACAUAAGUAUCAUUUCAAUGAAGCUCACAUUGAAAAAGAAAUGAAAGGCAUCGGUGACACGGACCCACUGACAAAAUUGAAAGAAGUUUGCGGUAAUGAACCAGCAUGCGACCACUACAAACAACGCUUACAACAAUGUACUGAUAGAGUGAAUAGUAAACCAUGGACUAAGGAAACAUGCAAUGAAGAAUUGUUAGAUUUUCUUCACUGUGUCGAUGAAUGCUGGUCACCACACAUUUUCAAAUAUUUGAAAUAA